AUGGAUGACGACAGAAUUAUUAAUGAAUGGUUGAUUUCACUCAAUGAAGACAUGAAAAAACAGGAACGCAAAAUUCUACUUUUUUUAGACAACUGUACAGUUCAUAAUAACCCCCCACCUUUAACUAAUAUAGAACUUCAAUUUUUUCCUCGGAACACCACAUCGAAGUUGCAACCACUCGACCAAUGUAUAAUUAAGAAUUGUAAGACUUUUUACCGUCAAGAAGUUGUAAAGAAUGUUUUGGAAUGCAUUGAAAGUGAACAGACGCCAAACAUUAGUGUAUUGCCUGCUAUGAUAUUUGUUGAUAAGGCAUGGAAAAAAGUGGCUCCUUCUACAAUACUCAAGUGUUUUAAAAAAUUGGGAUUUACCAUAGAAAUUCAAGAAACAGAAAACGGCCAGUCGAAUAUUGAACCGAUACAAUGGAAUUCCCUGCCAACUCAAGAAAAUGUACCUUUCACCGAUUAUGUCAAUGUGAAUGAAGAUGUUGCUGUAUGGGGAAGUUCUCUCUGA